AUGGAGGAGCUACAAGCUAAACACCGCAAGGAACAAAAAGAUCUCCAGGCUCGAAUCACCCAGAAGAAGAAGUCCGCCACGAAGAAGACUCGCAAAGGAGUUAACGAUGAUUGCGAGAGGCUCCAAAGAGAGCUCUCUGAGCGGCAACAAGCUGAGAUCGCGCAACUAAACGGCGAAUCAGACCAGCCUGUGGAUGGCAUCGAAGACCUCAGUCUGAACGAAUCCAGCGAAGGGAACCGAAACGCUGAUGAGGCUGGUGACUCGCCCGAUCAGCAAAAUGCAGAUACCCCGUCGGAGACAACGACAUCAUCGCCUCAAAGCUCUACCCCCGCUACCCCGCAGCCCUCCGGUCCUCGUCCCAAGAAGCCCAAUCGUCAGAAGGCCCGUUUAGCACGUCGUGCCGCGGAACAAGCAGCGCAAUCGGCAAUUGCCGCGGAGGAGGCCGCAAACCAGACGGAUCAUCGUGGAAAUGAGAAAGAGGUCAUGGAGGGCGUGUUCAAGCGCUUACAGUUGAAGGAGGUUGACAUAAACCCGGAUGGACACUGUCUGUUCUCUGCCAUCGCAUGCCAAUUGGACGAGCAAGGCAUCGGUCUGAAACCUGACCCGAAGAGGAUGAUCCUUCAGCCUCCAACUCAGUCUCGUAUUGAUACCGUGGCUUCGCCUAAGCAUGACGGGUAUCGGGCGGUUAGAGCUGUGGCGGCAGACUUCAUCAGCGACCACCAGGACGACUUUGCGCCAUUCAUGGAGGAGCCUUUGGACCAAUAUACUAGGAAAGUCAAACUGACGGCCGAAUGGGGCGGACAACUUGAAUUGCAAGCGAUCGCCAGGGCAUAUGGGGUCGAGAUCAAUGUCAUCCAAGGAGAUGGGAGAAUCGAAAAGAUCGAACCAGGCGAUGUCGAAGAGCCAGGCGACGAAGAGGGAAGCAAGCGGGUCAUCUGGUUGGCUUACUACAGACACACAUACGGACUCGGGGAGCAUUACAACGCACUCUCCAAACAUACAUAG